UAUCCUUGGUCAUAGAGUGGUUUGAAUUUUUCUAAUGAUUUGUUUAAUAUAAAACUGUGAAUUUAUAUAUUUUAUAUUUGUUUAAAUAUUUGAGAAAAUAUAAAUUUUUGAUAGUAUAUAAUUAAUUAAUAAUAAUAAAAAUAGUUAUAGAAUACAUUAGAAAUUUUUUAAGUGAUGAGUCAUUUGUAUUUUUUGUUUUUUUAUCUUAUUUCAUUUCUUAAAAGUAAAAUAAAUUUCACAUGUUUUAUACAGUUAGUACUUCAUUUUACCAUUAGAGAAGCUUUUACGCUUGCCCCACCAUCUCCAUAUUAUGGUAAAUUCAUUGGAAAGUUGAAUCAGUAUGACCACGGGAUUAAGGGCUCAGUUUACGCAGUAGAUGAAUCAACGAUAUUUAUCAAAGGUUUUGAAUAUGAUGGAACAGGACCAGAUGCAUACUUUUGGGUAGGAAAAACUGCGCGUCCUAGCCCAGAAGGUUAUAUUAUUCCUUACCCUGAAGAAUACAAUGGACUGAAUCCGCCUACUCUUCAAGCCCACAAUAAAACCAAUAUUAUUCUUAGACUUCCGAUGGGAAAACGUAUAAAAGAUAUAAGAUGGUUGGCUAUCUGGUGUCCAAGAUUUACGUUUGAUUUGGGCGAAGUUUUUAUUCCUGUAGGUUUGGAUGUUCCAAAACCUAGGGUUCUUCAAGAAUUCAAACGUCUAGCACAUGGUGUUCGUUCUAGUAACGUAAGUGUCCUUGAUGCGAAAACUUUCUAUGUUCCUAAUUUUCACUUUGAUGGAGAAAUUGAGUCUUACUUCUGGGCCGGAAACGGAUCUGAACCAAAUAUUAUGGGAAUAAAAGUCCCAAACGAAAUGGGUCUUUAUGAUUCUUUGAGAGCUUAUCAAGGGGAAGACAUUGAAAUUCAAUUGCCAGGUUCGCUAACUGUUCACAAUAUUGAUUGGAUAUCAAUUUGGUCAAUUAGUUAUAGACAAAACUUUGGACACGUUCUGAUACCAAAAGAUUUAUUGGAUGUUCCCCCGGCUUUAGGACAAACAAAAUUAACUCCACCAUGGUGGUACAAACCGACUACCACAACAACGUCUACAACGUCAUCACCGAAAGUUAAAAACUGUCGCACUCUCUUACCUAAACGAAUGCAAAUAAAGUGGGAAAUUGGAAGCACUUACAUUGAAAUUGAGUUAUUAGGACGAAUUCUUGAUGACCAGUUCAUGCUAUUGGGUUUUUCAAAAUCAUCUAAUGUAGAAGAAAAUGGGGCAGAUAUAGUAAUCGCUUAUUUUGAUGUUCAAUUAAAUAAUUUCGUUGUAGAGGACUACUUUAUAUCACAAUUUAGUGAAUGUGAUGGAAAGCAUGGACUUUGUCAGGACUCGUACUAUGGUGGAAAAAAUGAUAUAAUGCUAUUAACUGGUGAUCGGAAAAAUAGUACUACAAUAAUAAAAUUCAAGAGAUUACUUCAAACGAACGAACCAUUUGCUGAUGAAGAUUUUAUGAUAAAUAGCCAUAUGACGGUAUUUGGAUUUAUUGGAAUGUUAGAUUCAACUCAGAAACCUAAAUUUUCGACCAGUUUUGUAGAAGCAAUUCAAAGAGCAAUCAAGAUAAAUUUCUCACAAGCUUAUGACGAUGACUGUCGUGUUAAUUUAUACACUAUCACCGAAGAGAUUCCAAUAUGGCCUGAUAAUAUAUUACAAGAUGUUGAUACAUUUUAUGUUAGAGUUGGACCGAAUUUGGAUAAAAGAAAUAAAAUACUUUAUGGUCGGUGGUCUCUAGAGGUUGUCUAUUAUAUAAAUGGAUUAAUGGCACCUGAAAUAGUCGUUGAAAGAGGAAAAACAUAUACUUUUGUCAUUGAAACUGGAUUUGAUGAGGAAGUAUCAAAAAGGUAUUAUCCAUUUUAUAUCACAAAUUCCCCAGAGGGCAAUAUAAAAUACAAAUUACCUGAUGAAUUGAAAAAUCAUGUAUUUUACUUGGGUAUUGAAACCAGUCCUGAAGGUUAUUUAAUACCAACUGGAGUUGGCCAAUUUUGCAUAUAUACAGUAGAUUUUGAUAUACAAUUACAAGAUUUGUCAAAGAAUGAAUUAAAAUCGUCCCUUAAAGAAGAUUGUGAAGAAGGACAACCAGGUAUUUUAAAUUGGACAGUUCCUUUAGAUGCACCAGAUUUACUUUAUUAUCAGUGUUUUUCAGAAAAAAACAUGGGAUGGCAGAUUACGGUGAUAAAUCAAACAUUUUUAACUGAUUUUGCAUAUAAAAACAUAAGUAACCAAAAUUUAUUCAUUAUGAUUUUGAGUAUACUUUUAUUCUGCCCAAAUAUCUAAAAAAUCAAAAACAUGAAAUAGAGAAUAAGAUAAUAACUUUUUUUUUGUUAUACAUACUUAAAUAUUUAACAUAAUUUUCUCUUUUGAAAUUUUUUUCAUUUCUUAAAUAAGAAUUCUAUAUGGAUAAAUUUUUGCAUGAUAAUAAUUAAUUAUGGAUAACAAUGACAAUAAAAUCGUUAUUUAUAGGAAAUUUAGAAUUAUUACAUGAUAAAUUAAGAAGACAUUGUGAAAAUGACAAUAAUUUAUAUUUUGUUAAUUAUACUAUUAAAAACAAUUAAUAAAAGCACAAAAAUAUUAGACAAUAAAAAAAAAAAAAUAAAUAAAAUGAAAAUAUCAACUCUUAUACAUAUAACGAACAAAAAUGACAAUAAAUUUAUUGAUAUUUUAAAAAUUGAAACUAGAAAAAAAAAGAAAAUUUUUACUGUCAAAAAUAUUGUAAUUGUAAUUUUAGAUUAUAAGUUUUAUCGAAAGAAAACAAUAAAAACUUUAAGCAAAUAAUAAAAACAAAAAAAAACAUCUGAAGAAAUAUUAGGCCUAGCUACAUAUUCAUUUGAAUUCAAGUGCAUUGAAAUUUCUAAAAACUAUAAACAGUAUCAAAAUUUAGAUAUUAAGUGAAUUAUUAAAAACAAAAAUUUCAUAGAUAUUUUUAUACAUUAUGUUUUUUUUUUCAGUAUGACUGUAGGGUGUCGUAGAAUAAAUUGCACAAAUUUUUCAAGUAAUACGAGUAUUAAUAAAUUUAUUCCAAUUGUUUUUUUUUUACAUGGUUAUGACGCUAUUCAUUAAAUAGGAUAGAUAUUUUGAAAUUUAAUAACAAUUUAGGAUAUUCAGCAAUUCAAAAUCUAUUGCAGAAUAAGUUAAGUUGGCAUUAGAUAGACUUCAUGUAUUGCAAACUGGAUUAAAAAGGAAUUAAAUCGAAUUUUAAAAAUUAAAAUAGAAAUAUUUUUAACGAAAUUAUAUGCAUACCUAUUUACGUUUGAAUAUAAUUUUUGGUUAUUUAUUUUUUAUCAUUACCAAUUGAUUAUACUCACCUUACAAAUAGUAAUACUCUGCUAAAAACCACAAAAUAAUAGAAUUUUAGAUUAGUCAAAAGGUUAAUACUUUUACGUUGCAUUUUGUGCACUUAAUUUUUUAUAUUUUUUGAAUAAACUCAAACCGAGAAAGAAAAUUUUAUGGAAACUGUUGAUUUGAUUGAUGAAAAAUUCUUGACUGUUAAUAAUUAACAAAUUAAAUUAAUAUAAAACUCACAUUGAAAUUUGA